AGGCGGGACAUGGCCUACUCUGAUUGGUGACGGGAGAGGUGGGCCGGGCUGGGCCGAAAGCUCAGGACUUCCGAAAGCAGCCGCGGCGUCUGCCUCAGUCCCUGGAAGUGUGCGUGCGCGAAGAUGCGAAAGGUGGUUUUGAUCACCGGGGCGAGCAGUGGCAUUGGCCUGGCCCUCUGCAAGAGGUUGCUGGUGGAAGAUGAUGAGCUUCAUCUGUGUUUGGCAUGUAGGAACAUGAGCAAGGCAGAAGCUGUCCGUGCUGCUCUACUGGCCUCUCACCCCACUGCUGAGGUCACCGUUGUCCAGGUGGAUGUCAGCAACCUGCAGUCUGUCUUCCAGGCCUCUAAGGAACUUAAGCAAAGGUUUCAGAGAUUUGACUGUAUAUAUCUAAAUGCUGGGAUCAUGCCUAAUCCACACCUAAAUAUCAAAGCACUUUUCUCUGGCCUCUUUUCAAGAAAUGUGAUUCAUGUGUUCUCCACAGCUGAAGGCCUGCUGACCCAGGAUGAUAAGAUCACUGCUGAUGGACUUCAGGAGGUGUUUGAGACCAAUGUCUUUGGCCAUUUUAUCCUGAUUCGGGAACUGGAGCCUCUCCUCUGUCACAGUGAUAAUCCAUCUCAGCUCAUCUGGACAUCAUCUCGCAAUGCAAGGAAAUCUAAUUUCAGCCUCGAGGACUUCCAGCACAGCAAAGGCAAGGAACCCUACAGCUCUUCCAAAUAUGCCACUGACCUUCUCAGUGUGGCUUUGAACAGGAACUUCAACCAGCAGGGUCUCUAUUCCAAUGUGGUGUGUCCAGGUACAGCAUUGACCAAUUUGACAUACGGAGUUCUGCCUCCCUUCAUAUGGACACUGUUGAUGCCAGCAAUAUUGCUGAUGCGCUUUUUUGCAAAUGCAUUCACUUUGACACCAUACAAUGGAACAGAAGCACUGGUAUGGCUUUUCCACCAAAAGCCUGAAUCUCUCAAUCCUCUAAUCAAAUACCUGAGUGCCACCACUGGCUUUGGAAGAAAUUACAUCACAACCCAGAAGAUGGACCUAGAUGAAGAUACUGCUGAAAAAUUUUAUCAAAAGUUACUGGAACUGGAAAAGCACGUUAGGGUCACUGUUCAAAAAACAUAACCAGGCCAGGUGCGGUGGCUCAUGCCUGUAAUCCCAGCACUUUGGGAUGCCAAGGCAGAAGGAUCACUUGAGACCAGGAGUUCAAGAUCAGCCUGGGAAACAUAGUGAGACCCUGACUCUUCAAAAAGAAAUUCAAAAAUUAGCUGGGUGUGGUGGCAUGUGCCUGUAGCUCUAACUACUCAGGAGGAUGAAGUGGGAGGAUCUCUUGAGGCUGGGAGGCAGAGUUUGCAGUGAGCUGAGAUUGUGCCACUGCACUACAGUUUGGGUCAUGGCGAGACCCUGUCUCAAAAAAAAUAUGUAUAUGUAACCAGACCUGACAAUGACGCUCUCUGGAACAUUGUGUACGUUCUUUAUAUUCUGGGGCACAUGGGUUUCUAUCGAGUUGGAUAAUGUGCAUUUGUAAUAAAUUAUGAACUGUCUCUUUUCCUUUCUUUUGGAAUUCUCUUCAAGACUGUAUAUGUGCACAUGCUCCUAUGGAUGUGAGAAAAAGAUGGGGCCAGCCGCAGGGGCUCAAGCCUGUUAUCCCAGCACUUUGGGAGGCCGAGGUGGGCAGAUCACAAGUUCAGGAGUUUGAGACCAGCCUGGCCAACAUGGUAAAAACCUGUCUCUACUAAAAAUGCAAAACUUAGCCACAUGUGGUGGUACGUGCUUGUAAUCUCAGCUACUUGGGAGGCUGAGACACGAGAAUCACUUGAACCCAGGACACAGAGGUUGUAGUGAGCCAAGAUCUGCCAGUGCCCUCCAGCCUGAGUGACAGAGCAAGAUUCCAUUUCCAAAAAUAUAUAUAUAAAGUAAAAAUAUCAGUUAUUAUCUGGAAUGGUAUUACAUCAAAAUUAUUAGAGUUCUUUUCUGAAAAAUUUUAUGUACAAAUAAAAAUUAUUCCAGUCACCCAACAGAAUAUCUGUUUAUAUUAUUCUGUCGACUGGGGCUCAAGCUGCGCUCCAUGGGAUAAGAGGUGGACUUGAAUAAUUGUGACACAGGCACCCACUGCUCCUUUUUUUGGCCUGCCCCCAGCAAGAGGAAGUACUGCCCACUCAGAAUGGCAGUCAUAGCUUUGUUGCUUUAUGAGCAACUUUUUUAGCUCUUUUGCCUUAUUUCUUUCUCUAUAUGCUGCUUCUGACCAUCUUAAGAUUGUUAAUCCUAACAGUCCUCAUGGGUACUCAUGUGGUUAAUAAUAAAAACCAAAUCAAUA